GCGUUGACGCAGCACGCUGAGUCGCCAUGGCAACGGCGUCAGCGUGUUCCUGUCGCUGAAGCGUUGGCGGAGCAGCCGGCUAGCACGCUGGCUAACCUAGCUAGCUAGUUAAACGAUGCUAACCAGCUAACUAAGUGACGGCUGGGCUGACGGUGACGACGGAGGGGUGAACUCUCGCGGUGUUUCGUUGGAGGCGAGAACGAGAUGACCGUCCGCUUCAGGAGUAAGACUGAAUACCAGAAGAGCUACAGGGUUUCCCGGUCCAAAAGUGUGUCUACUCAGCGCUGCGCCCCAUUGGCCGGCCUGCGCUCCGAUCAGAUGGGUAUCGGCAGAGAACCGGGUCUCCAGCGGCGGAAGAGGCUCGGUCCUGGUGGUCUUGCUCAGUCCUGCAGCUCUCUGCUGAGUCCUCCAGAUCCACAGAACUCCCUCGCAGAGCCGACUGCACUCAGAACAGCCCCCCCUGCUGCCUCUAGGAGUCUCUCCGCUCACAGGAAGGGGACUUCCCUGGAGCCAAAUCCUCCGACACCUCUCGGAGCACGAGCUGAUCCUGGAUCUCCUGCAGCCUCUGGACCUCCAGCAGGACCACGACCCGCUGCAGACCCUGGACCAUCAGUCGAACCAGGAACUGCUGAAAAAUCUGCAAAGUCCCGCCCCUCCAAGCUUGACAGCCAACCACAGCUGAGCCGACCUUUGACAGCAGCGCCAGACGGACAGCAGCACUCGGCCAAUGAGGUUCAUCACGCUCUGCGGUGGAAGGCGGGGCUGAGGACGGGAGGUCAAAGGUCAGGAACUCACAGGUCAGAGUACCUCAGACAGUUCGGCUGGAAGAAACCUGCAACUGCUGCUUCUCCCAUGCUGACUGCAGAACAGCUGAUCCACUCCAGCAGCAGAUCCGUGCCGCCCUUUAAGAAACACCCCGUUCCCAUGGAAACGGAGUACCGGCGCAGCUUCCGGGGUCUGGUCCCGUCCGCCGAGCCCCGCCUCCGUAAACACCUGGAGCAUCAUCAGACAGCCCCACUGUUCCACACACACACGACCAACAAAAAGAAGAGGGAGGAGCCAGAGAAGAAGCCACGCCCCAGUCAAAAUGUCCCCGCCCCCAAGAAAGAUGCACCCACGCCCCCUCCUCCUCCUCCUCCUCCUCCUCAGGUGCAGAGAGGACACAGCUUUCGUUCUCCCCUCCACAGAAUCCCAGAGGGAGGCGGAGCCACGGACGGCGACGCCUUUCAGGUGGAGGAGUUGAGGCAGAAGGCCUCGUCGUACCGCCGUCGGGCCUGGGGAGCUAACUUCUCCAGAGACCACCUGAGCCAGCUGCUGUCCGAACACAACGCUCUGUGGGAGCCCACGGACACAACCGACUCUCCCACCGACACCCCCACCCCACGCCUGACCUUUGACCUAUGCCCUGACCCGGACAGCCGCAACAGCUCCCCCGUGGAGGCUCUGGACCUGGCCAGCCGCUCCAGUAGAUCCAGUAAGAGGUCUUCUGUGACGAGCUCAGGAGACAAAAACACACAAAUCAAAGCACAAACAUUUCCAAGUCCUCCUGCUGAAACGCAUACGGCCUGGGGAGUAGAAGAAGAAGAAGAAGAAGAAAACAUAGACGAGGAGGAGGGAAGGUUACCGACUCCGAGGCUGAAGAUACGACCAGUUCAGAGAACUCACCAUGACCUCACCACACCUGCCACCGGAGGAGCUAUACUGGUGGGAAAACUAAAGAGCAGUGAUGAAUAUUCUCCAAACAAACAACGGUGCGGGUCAGCUGUGUCCGCAGCCGACAUGCCAGUCAAACAGAAGGAGGCGUGGCCUGAUAAUAGCCCCGCCCACCUCCCCCAUCUUCCUCACCACCUCCCCCAAGCCCAGCUGCCACCUGCCUCUAAACCAAUCAGGGCGAAGCAAACGUCCCAUCUGGCCCCGCCCCCACUGGCCCCGCCCCCACAUCACUGUAUCCAGGGCACGCUAAGAAACGCCGACUUCCAGCAUAACGGUGAGCUGGGUUUGAGGUUCAGGGAGCUUCAGUGUCCGGGAGGAGGCUGCUGCUCUGAUGAAGACGACCGGCUGUCGGUGAUGUCGUGGCGUUCGGCGUCCUCCUGCUCGAUGGCGUCCGCCGUGCUGGACCGCGCUCAGAAGAGACGGGAACACUUCUGGGGGAAGAGAUGACCUUUGACCUCCCAUCUCUGUUGUACAAUAUACUAGUGAGAAUAAUGUAUUUUUAAUAGAUGAUUAUUUUAAAUAUCGUGUAUUUUUAUAGUUUAUUUUUACAAAGUAAUAGAUGUUUUUAUAAAUUCAGUAAUUGUGUUUAUUUAGUAACU